AUGUCGCAAUCCACAUGGGAAAAGACAAAGCGCUUCUCGAAAAAAGGCUUCGACAAAGCAUGGGACACCGUCGACAAACUAGGCGCUCCCGUCAAUCGCCUCUCCAACAAAUUGGGCGCCGAAGCCUUUUGGCCUAUGGCCAUUGAUAAAGAAAGCGACAAGGCUGCGCGCAUCUUGCGCAGUUUCGUCAAAGAUGGCUUUUAUGCUCCAGAUAAUGAACCUGGUACCGAUGAACAAGGCAAGAUUAAUCGCCCCAAAGGCAAGCAGAGGGUCAUUAAGAAGAUCCCAACCAAAGUGAUUCAAAAUGCCAAGGGCCUCGCCAUUUUCACCACCAUGCGAACCGGUCUCUGGAUCAGCGGCUCUGGAGGCAGUGGUGUCCUCCUCGCACGCAUCCCCGAGACUGGGGAAUGGAGCCCGCCAUCCGGCAUUAUGCUGCACACGGCUGGUAUCGGGUUCCUCGCGGGAGUAGAUAUCUAUGACUGUGUCGUUGUCAUCAAUACAUAUGAAGCACUCGAGGCGUUCAAGAGAGUGCGCUGCACUCUUGGUGGAGAGGUCAGCGCUGCCGCUGGCCUGUGGGCUCCCAUCUGGACAUACAUGAAGAGCAAAGGUCUAUACGCCGGUGUUGCCGUGGACGGAACCAUCAUUAUCGAACGAACCGACGAAAACGAGAAGUUCUACGGCGAACGAAUCUCGGUCACCGACAUCUUAGCCGGCAAAGUGCGGCACCCUCCCGAUGGAAUCAAGACUCUACAUCAGACCAUCAAAGCAGCGCAGGGUGAUACCGAUGUCGACGAAAGACUAGUCGUGUCUGCUGGCGAGACGCCCGGCGAUAUGGAAGUCGCAACCGAAGACGACCACCUUUUUGGCGUACCCGAACCGGACGACCCGGAUCCGUACGGAGUGAAAGCGCUGGAGGCUGAGGGCUUGUUCAUCCGGGAGGCCGGCACGAAGGUGAGGCCAAGUUAUGAUAUCUUUGAAUUCCGGCCCAACCCGACCAGCCCGGUGUUCGCCACUUUCUCGCGGCGUAGCGCCGAAAGCUCGCCGCGCAAUAGCUGGCGGACCAGUGUGCAAAGCCAUGCCUAUUCUGAUCGCGGUACACAAACCGAUGACGCGCCGCUAACAGCCACGUCAGUGAGUCGAGCCUCCUCACAGAGCGCGAGAGAUUCGAUGAGUGGUCAUAUGGCGAACCGAUGGGAGGACGAUGCGCAUUGGGAUAUCGUGCCGAUCCAAAGUGUGGAGAUGGAGAAGGAAGACGAGAGAGCGCAUAAUGGUUUCGCCGAGGAAGAGAAACAUGCUGUUGAUUACGAUGACGACUUGGAGGUUCACGAGGUGACCAACGCGACUAUCACUCAGAAGACCCUGCCGGAGGAAGAAGCCAGCCCUGUUGAUGCCAAGCGCAUGUCCCCUACCUUUACUCGUGCUCGCCUGGUUUCUAUCCCGAAGCGUACCCCUCCACCUCUGCCCCCGCGACACCCGCGACACACCUGGGGCUCUGGUUCCAGUCGGGAGUCUACCUCGCCAACAGCUCUAUCACAAUCAAGCCGCAGCACCGAGCAGACUGAGGCUGCUAUCGAGGCUGCUGAGUCCCCAGAGCACUUCAACGAGUCUAGUGCUUUGCCUUCGAACGUAAAGGUUCUCCAGACUAAUGUUCUUCCGGCUGUGGUAAACGAGGUUGAUUCGGAGUCAGACCCCGAGCUACCUGCGGAUAAGGAUGAGUUCAUGUCAGCCAACGGUGACAGCGAGAACAUCUUUGAAGAGAACACCCUAGCUGAGAAGCCUAGCUUGACGGAGACCGCUCCCGAUACCAAGAAGGAGAAAGUCGAGGUUGAGGAGAGGGUAAUCGAGCCGAAACAUGCUUCCUUGCCGGUUGAGACCAACUCGAAGAUCGAGCCAGAGACAGUGGAAGAGGUGCCCAAGAUCGAAGAAAGCCUGGCCUCACUCGGUCUCUCCGAUAAGUCGGAAGAGGCUCUGGUCCCACUUGGUCUUGCAGACAAAACUUCCGAAAAGAACGCUGAAGCAACCAAGAUCGAAACAAAGGAUGAUGAGGCUGAUGAGGCUGAUGAGGCUGCCGAGAAGAAGCAGCUUGACGUCGAGCGCCCUGACGCCAAGCACGAAACCAUCAGUCCUCUCCAGAUCUAA